CAGGCGACUACCAGUCGACGUUUUGCAGUUCGGCGGGCGGUUUGUGUUUCGCUUCACGCUUCACGCCAUUCGCUUGGGUGUGCUAUAACCAUAGUGUCUUGUUAGCCAGUUGGGUACGACGAGCUAUGUACAUGGCGGCGGAAAUUAUACAAUAAUUGUGUCGUUCAAACUAAACAAAAAAAAAACUUGGUCUGACCUGGACUGAUUCUACGAUUUGGUGUCAAAGAAAAUGCUGCAGCGGCAGAAAUCGACGGCAAGGCAAGCACUCGAUUUGGCAGCUGCCUCCCUCAGUCCAAGCUCACAACCAUAGCCGCCAGUCCCCUUGGAACGGUCAAGUGAAAUGGAGACAAUAAUGGCCAUGGCAACGGUGAGUUCAGUGGCGGCACCAGGACCUUCGACCACUAACGGCUGCCCGGCGUCACUGGCCGUCAAUCAGUUCGAGGAGAAUGUCGAACACCUGCGCCAGCUAUUCAGCCAGAACAAGCUGGUGUCCUUUAGUAUUGCCCACAUCGCAUGCACCGCGGGCAGCAGUAGCGGCGAUAACUACAUGUCGGUGGUGAAGCGGGUGACCAUCAGCCAGGCAGUGGCCCGGGAUCAGGAGCAGCCGGCCGCCAACGAAACGGUCACGGUCAUCGUUAAGCGGCAGAUUGCCAGCCUGUCCCGCCGACAGCUUUACCGCUGCGAGGAGGCCUUUAGCAACGAGAUUAACGCCUACCGGCACCUGGUACCCCUGCUCGCCGCCCACAGCCGCCAGCAGCUCUUCCCGGUGUGCCACAUCGCCGACAGCCACGACCGUGGACCGCCACAGGACUCGAAUGGGGAAGCUGGCGAGCCCAUCAUUGUACUGCAGGACCUGAAGACGCUCGGCUAUCAGAUGAAGGACCGCCUGGUGGGAUUGGAGCUUGGCGACUGUAUCCUGGUGAUGAAGAAACUGGCGCAACUCCAUGCCGCUUCCCUGGCUGCCCAGCAGCUGGACUUUCCGCACUUCGUCGCCCAGGCAAGGAAUCUUCGAGAGAUUGUUUACUGCGAGGAGGCCGCCGAGUUUUACGCCACCAUACUGGACACCUCCGUGCAGCAGGCCUUGGACAGUCUAGGAGGCUCCAAUGCAGACGGUAGUUUGACGACUCCCAUUCGCCUUCUCGAGCAAAUACGGCCCAAUCUUUACGAUAAAUUGAAGCAGGAGAUUAACGCGGCUGGGGAGACGCCGUUCAGCGUGAUUAGUCAUGGAGAUUUGUGGGUGAACAACAUCAUGUUUCGCUCCCAGCCGGAGGAGGUGAUCUUCUUUGAUCUGCAGGCCAUGCGCCGUACAUCCCCUGUCUUUGAUAUCCUGCACUUCAUCUACACAAGUACCAGAAGAGAUUUCCGCGACGUGCACACCGACACUCUACUGGCAGCCUACUCGGAGGCGCUGGGCCAGGAGCUGGUCCACCAAUUGGAGGACACACCAGCGGGCGAGAGACUGGAGGAGCUAUGCGAAGCCUUCUCGCUGCAGCGGCUCAGCGCCGAGUAUGUGCGUCAGGUUCACUAUGGCUUGGCCAUCGGAAUGUGGAUCCUGCCGGCAGUUACAUUCGAUACGAACAAUUUGCCCAACCUGGACGUGAUUAGCGAGCAGAACCUUUGCGGCAAGGAGAUCAAGUGCACCCAGAUGCUCACAGCGGAGUACCACCUCCGCAUCCGAGAGCUCGUAAUGGAGUUCUAUGACCUCGGCUAUCUUCAUGUGGAAAAGCAAAGUAUAUAGCAUCUCCAUUCUAAAAUUCCGUAAAGAAAAGCAAAUAAAAAUCCCGAAUCCAGGAUUAUAGUCACUUAGUAAUAGUAUUAACUUAUAUAUUAACGAUCGCAAUAAACAGUUUGACGAUUUUCCCGGAGGAACUGCAGCGGUAGUAGUUGUAGG